UUGCCUUUGCGGUCCGUCGUCUUCUCUUUUUUUUUUCUUAUUUUGCGAGGGCGUCCGUCGUCUUCGCCAGACACAGCGAGAGCGAGAGACCAAAAGGGGGACAGGAUGCGGCUCUCCUUCCCCCUCGUCGCCGGCGCCGUCGUAAUUGGAGUGAUUUCUGGGAAUGUUAUAUUUGGACCACCGCUUCAGAAGUAUUGGGCAGAGAAGCAGCAGCAAGAGGCAGCAAAGGAGGGUCAAGCUGGUUCAACCUAAUAAAGGGCCCCUAGUUUUUAUUAUCCAGCUCUGUCAAUGGAACACUCUGAAUGCUGACAUUCAUAAAAUGUGUACUUUGUUAUUGCAGUUAUGUCGAUCUAACUUCAGUUAUCGUUAGCAGUUGUUGAAUUGGUAGCCUUCGUAGUGGAAAGAAACAAUGUAUAAAGCACAGUAUGAGUUGAAAUCCAUCCAUAAUUCUGAUCUGUUUGGAUUUUGUUUAUUAUUCAGGUUGACCCCAUUGCAAAGAUAGCAGUAUUUCGUUGUAUGCAGAGUACGUCUGUUGUCCUCUGUUGAGUUGACUUGCAAUCUCAGCGUUGGUGUCCUGUUUGGGCCGUCCAUUUGAGCCCCGGUUGGGCCCAUCUCAGCCCACGCUUAUCCACUUUUGUCAAGGCAGGCGGGGCGCGGGAAGACGAACUGCUAUUGUAGAAAAAAAUCCCCGCCACUACGAGCCCUAGCAGCCCACAUUCCCGCCAAAACAAGAACCUAGCCUCCUCCGGCGAUCGCCAGAGGCCACAAUCUCAACCCCGCACAGGAUGACGAGGAAAGCAAAGCCCGCCGCCCAAGCCACCGCGGCGGCGACCGCCGCCACCGGCGUCCAGUACUGGCUUCUGAAGACGGAGCCGGGCGAGUGGUCGUGGUCCGACCAGGCGAGCGCCCCGGGCGGCGUUGCGCCGCGGGACGGCGUCCGCAACCACCAGGCCAUGAAAAACCUCCGCGCCAUGCGCACCGGCGACCGGUGCCUGUUCUACCACUCCGGCGCCGGCGCCGCCUCCCGCCGCGUCGUCGGCGUCGUGGAGGUCGCCCGGACCUGGUACGAAGGGGAGGGGGAAGGGGAGGGGAAGGAGGCAGCGUCUGGCGGCGCCGUGGACGUGCGGGCGGUCGGGGAGUUCCGGAACCCCGUCCCUCUGGGUGAGGUCAAGAAAGCGGCGGGCGAGGUGGAGGGGAUGAGGGACUUCGCGCUGCUCCGGCAGCCGCGGCUGUCGGUGAUGCCGGUCCCGGGCAAGAUCUGGGACUGGAUUUGCGACGCGGGUGGGGGCUUCGUGCAGGACGGCGAAGCUGAGGAAGAAGAGGGUUGAUGCUGCAACCGUAAGCUGCAGGGUGAUACCCAACUGCAAGGCUGCAUUUUGUGGAUUCCUUUUUGGCCUGUAAGGGGAUUGCUAAUUCCCAUCUUGGCACCCCUUCUUCAGAAGAGGGAUUGCAUCAGUAUCAGCAGUAUUCAGUUCAUCGUUGUUCAGUGUUUUGGCAUCUCGGAACCGAAGUCUGCCGAACAAGGCUUGUAGGUGCAGUUACUAGUUGCUUCGUAAAUUCAGUGGCUGAUGUGGCUGGAGUGGCUUGUGCUCUAUCACUAGUGUUGCGUGGGCCUCACUAGUGUUGCGUGGGCCUCCUUUUGUAGCUUGUGACUUCCUGUAACCAGGUAAUCUACUUGCUGCUCUGAAUGGGCAAGUUUGAUGCACGGUUCACUGAAGUUUCAAGCAGGCAGCUCGUGCUUUCGAUGCUAUGGGCAUCCAUAGUGUUAGAUGUUACUAGUUGUUAAUUGGUGACUA